AUGGCGCUGGGACAAUCAGAGGAAAAGAUCGUUUCUCAGGUCCAGCACCAUCCGGUCAACAACAACAACUAUGACGGAGAAGCAGCCGCACGGCCAGAUCAGGAUGCUGCCGACAUGGCAAAGCUGGGUGUAGCGCAAGAAACAAAGAGACGAUUCGGUUUAGUGACAAUAUUGGGAUUCACAACAUGUAUCAUGGGGACAUGGGAAUCGGGUCUUCCAUUUUUCCUCACUGCGUACAUCAAUGGAGGACCGGUUACCAUGGUCUACGGCUUCAUCCUGGCCUUCUUCGGAUCGCUGGCAACAUGCGCCUCUCUGGCUGAGAUGGCUUCGAUGUACCCUAUCUCCGGUGGACAGUAUUACUGGGCAUCGCUUCUUGCACCCCCAGGAAAGGUCAAAUUUCUCAGCUUCUUGACUGGCUGGCUUUCUGUGCUUGGGUGGCAGUCUGCCUCUACCACCGGUACAUACCUCGGUGGUACCAUUAUUCAGGGGGUCGUCAAACUCAACUACCCCGAAUACACACCAGAGAGAUGGCAGGCUACCCUUAUGCUGUAUGCGGUCCUCAUUCUCUCCCUAUCCGUCAACGUUUCUCUCGUAAAGUGGUUACCUGGGGUUGAAGGAGUCAUCCUGAUCAUUCACGUCGUUGGAUUUUUCGCCAUCAUGAUACCCCUGGUCCACCUUGCUCCUAUCAGCUCCGCCAAGUUUGUCUUCACAGAAUUCAUAAACAUCUCCGGCUACAGCAAUAGUGGCCUAUCCUGGCUUAUUGGCCAGUCGGCCAGCGCCGUCUUGUUCAUUGGAUACGACGGCGCAUGUCAUAUGGCGGAGGAAGUGCAAAAUGCACGCAUCAACGUCCCCAGGGCCAUGUUCUUUACCAUGUUCAUCAACGGCGCUAUGGGACUCGCGAUGUACCUUGUCAUUCUGUUCUGUAUUGGAGACAUAGACAGGGUCGUCAACACCGAAACUAAGGUCCCCUUCAUCGAGCUAUUCCGAAACUCCACCCAGUCAAACACAGCCGCCACAGUUCUAACCUCUCUGUUAAUUACAACUUACAUUGUUGCAAACUUCAACUUCAUGGCCUCCGCAUCAAGGCAGGCCUGGGCUUUUGCCCGUGAUGGUGGCCUGCCAUUCUCCCAUAUUCUGCGAAAGAUCGACCGCAAACGAUCUAUCCCUCUUUACUCAAUUGCUCUCACUGGAGUACUCAAUGCCCUCCUUGGAUUGAUUAGCAUCGGAUCGAAUGUUGCAUUCUCUGCCGUUGUCUCUCUGGUCGUUUCUGGAUACAUGUCCUCCUACGUUAUCGUCAUCUGCGUCAUGAUCCAUAGGCGACUGACUCAUGUCCCAAUCGAGUUUGGCCCAUGGAAUCUUGGCCGGUAUGGUCUACCGAUUAACAUCAUCGCCGUCAUAUAUACCACUGUAACGGUCAUAUUUGCUUUCUUCCCCCCAUCUGUUCCUGUCAAUGCCGAGAAUAUGAACUACUCUGGCCCUGUUUAUGGCCUGGUCGUCGCCUUCGGAAUUGUGUACUAUAUCGUUCGUGGCCAUAAAACUUAUGUAGGCCCAAAACUACCCCGAAACGGUCUGUAG